AUGUUGUCCAUUAACCAACCUCGAAAAUUGUCCACGCACAAGGCAGUGAUACUUGGUGACGGUGGAGUCGGCAAGACUUCCAUUACUACUCAGUUCGUGAGACAGUACUUUGUAGAAACAUAUGACCCUACCGACGACGACAAUUACAGAAAACAAAUCGAAGUAGAUGGCGAACCUUGCUUAGUAGAAGUCUUGGAAGUGGCCAGUUCCGCCGAAUACGAAGCCUUGCGAAGCCUAUGGACCCGAGAGGGCGAAGUGUUCAUGAUUGUUUUCAGCCUGUCGUCCAGGAGUUCAUUCACCAGGGCCAAGAAUUACUAUCAGCAGAUUCAAGAUGUCAAAAAAACAACCGUGCCUCUGAUACUGGUCGGGAACAAAUGCGACCGAGCACCCGAACUGCACGAAGUGUCCCCCCAGGAAGGAGAAUCGCUGGCUCGAGAGUUUGGCUGCACAUUCAUGAUGACAUCUGCCAAAUGCAACAAAAACAUAGACGAGGCAUUUGCUCACUUAAUCAGAUUGAAUGUAAAACAAAGAGAAGAACAGAGGGCGAAAGAGACGGCAGCGGCUAUCACGUCUGAACCACAAGGAAACGAAGUGGAGAAAAAGGGUUGGAAGAAGCGCCUCUCGAGCCUUUUAACGUCGCUCGGCAAAGGCAAUAGAGGUUAA